CGGGUGGACUCACAGAUGAAACGCACCGUUCUUCUUGACAACACCCUCUCUAGUUGCAACCAGCAGCAUUGGAAGAAAAAUUUUAUUUUCUCAAAAGCUCAGAUCUCAAGACACAAGAUGCUCCACAACGAAUUCUCUGAAAACGAAAAGUUUUCUAUCAAGUUGCCAGGUCACGCGCGCAAAAUAAGGACGAAAGUGGCGAAAAGCAAAAUUCUGCGCCAAUCGAUCCGGCAGUACUUCGAUGAUGGAUCUGAGGCCGACAAACUUCUAACUGAUGCAAACGUCAGGGAGCGAUUGAGGACACACAGCGUGAACAGUGCCUUGAGCACUCUACGCACUUUGAUUCCAACGGAACCAGCAAACCGCAAACUCAGCAAAAUUGAAAUUCUGCGCCUCGCGUGCAGCUACAUAAAACACCUUGGUACAACUCUUGAAUAUGGAGAUGAACAUCCGUGCCUUUUGAGGGGCAUGCAGGACAACAACACUCAAGAUACGCAUCAAGAACGAUCCGUUUGCACAUUCUGCUUGGCGAAUCACAAGAGAGCUAGUCGAACUCCGCACCAGUGCUGCUCGCCCGACAGUUUCACCUCGACGUCAGAGCAGCAGCAAGCUGACAGUGAGCAGUUGGAAGAGGUUGCUUGCUGGAGCCAUCAGGCAAGCGAAUUUUCAUCUUGAACAUGCUCCAUAUAUCAUAUUUAAAUAUGUUUUGCUUAUUCCGUCUACUGAGCAAAUGUACAAAAAUCCUGCGUUGGAGCAAUAGCAAUAAAUAAAAUAUUUUGCAAUUUUUAAAAUUCAUGCUUUAUGAUUUAAUAUAUUUUUUCUAAAACUACAUAUUAACGCUAUGAUUUGCGUUAUUUAAAAGAGAAUAAUCAAAAUUCACAAUCUUCUGGUA